AUGGAGUACUUCCGCGUGCCACCACGUUGGCUCUUCGUCAAGAUCACUGACGAAGCAGGCAAUGUCGGUUGGGGAGAGGCGUCGCUCGAGGGCCACACGCAAGCUGUCGAAGGGUGCCUGGAUGCUUGGUUCGAGCGCUACAACGGGUUCGAGGCCGACGAUAUUGAGCACAUCUGGCAGAUGUCAUGGCGGACCACCUUCUACCGGGGUGGUCCCGUCUUCAUGAGUGCCUUGGCCGGGAUUGAUAUUGCACUUUGGGAUUUGAAAGCUCGUAAGCUCGGGGUACCAAUCUACCAAUUGCUUGGAGGUAAAGUGCGCGACAAGCUCAAGGUGUACGCAUGGAUUGGGGGAAACCGGCCAGGUAAUGUGGCAGAAGAAGCGAAAUCAAGGAAGUCGCAAGGAUUCAGCUGCGUCAAGAUGAAUGCCACAGAGGACAUGGGCUGGCUAGACUCGCCCUCGGCACUCGACUCAUGUGUGGAACGAGUCAAAGCCGUCAAGGAGCUAGGCAUGGAUGCCGGUGUCGACUUUCACGGUCGGAUCCACAAGCCCAUGGCCAAGCAGCUCGUCAAACUGCUCGAGCCGCACCGGCCCCUCUUCAUCGAAGAGCCCCUGCUCUCAGAACACAUCGGGGGGAUCAAGUCCCUCGCUGAGCAGACCAGCGUCCCCAUUGCUCUAGGUGAGCGCCUCCACAGCAGGUGGGACGUCAAGCCCUUCCUCGAGGCAGGUUGCGUGGAUAUCCUUCAGCCAGACAUCUCGCAUGUCGGCGGCAUCUCCGAGAUGAAGCGCAUCGCUGCCAUGGCUGAGGCGUACGACGUGGCUCUCGCUCCUCAUUGCCCGCUCGGUCCUAUUGCUCUGGCUGCAAAUUGCCAGGUUGACUGCUCCAGCCCCAACUUUGCCAUCCAGGAGAUGAGCCUGGGCAUACACUACAAUGCGGGCACGCAAGACCUCACCAGCUACACCAAGAACCCGGAAGUCUGGAAAGUCACCGACAGCUACAUCAACAUCCUCUCAGGCCCAGGCCUUGGUAUUGAGGUAGAUGAGGAACAAGUCAGGGCCCUAUCCAAGGAUGCGACAGCAUGGGUGAGCCCCGGCUUCAUUGGACCUGGUGGUGAGAUCAGGGAGUGGUGA